AUGGCUACCGCUUCAAAAAGCACAAUGCCCGUGGUGUUGGACGUGAUGACCAUAGGGAAGGCUGGCGUGGAAGGUGUUCGCGUUUCGGAUCUGAAGGAUGUCAACCUUAUGCUCGAUGUCUCUCAAUCCAUCGGACACAACGAAAUCGACGAUGCAAGACUUUACGGCGGCGAAUCAUCUGAGCUCUACCCGAAUGAGGGCAAGGGUAUGAAUAUGGGCGACAACGUCUAUUCCCAUCGCCCGGAGGACGUGCGACGCGGCCUCUUAGCGAGUUUGAAGGCUAUCGAAACGGAGAAGGUCGAAAAGUGGUAUCUCCAUGGUCCGGACCACACUACGUCACUCCAGGAAACUCUGCGCGGGGAGAAUAGUCUCUGCAAAGAAGGCUAUUUCGAAUGUUUUAUAUUAGCAACUACAUGUCCUGGGAAGCAGCCGCUAUCUCCACUGGCAGGUGGGUUCCCCACCUCGAUGUACAAGCGCGAUAUGAAGGAGGACGAUGACGAAAGCGGGUCCCGAGUUGAUCCAAAGCAAUGGCAGUGUCGAAUGAUCAUCCGAGUAAAACGCAAAGAGUUCGACCUGAUAUUAAGCGGCGGCAAUGUAGUCGACUACCGAAGAGGGCAGGAAUGCUCCGGAUCAGGAUUGAUGCGUAGGGAGAUGAAGUUUUGA